GAAUAGAGCUUGUAGUUAUAGGUCUUCCUCUGGACUCCUAUUCCUCACCAAUUAUAAAAUCAGAUUCUAGACUAAGAAAAAGAGGCAAAACGAAAUUGCUAAUGGGUUGAAAAAAUAAAAUCGGAGAUGGAUGCUCUCAAGGUUCAGAUUCUACCUGAUAACCAAUCAUCGCCUUCGUCCACGUACAUGCUCACUAAGCAAUCGAAGAAAGCUACGAAAUCGAUAAUCAUGCUAAUCGUCACUUCCUUGGCUAUCACGUUAGGGCUAUUAUUUGUUUUCAGUUCAAAUUCAGUUUUGUUCUCUGGAAGUUUUCUUUGGAGAAGUUCGCUUCGGUAUAGUGUCAUUAUCGAUGCCGGGAGUUGAGGGACCCGAAUUCAUGUGUUCGGAUACUGGUUUGAGUCCGGAAAACUUUUCGAUUUCGGAGAAGAACAUUACGCUAGUCUGAAGUUGAGUCCUGGUUUGUCUGCGUAUGCUGAUAAUCGGGAGGGAGCGAGCGUGUCAGUGACGAAGCUUGUGGAAUUAGCGAAGGGAAGAAUUCCCAAGAGAAUGUUGAAGAAGAGUGACAUUAGGUUAAUGGCGACUGCUGGGAUGAGAUUGCUUGAAGUGCCUGUUCAAGAACAGAUUCUUGAUGUUACAAGAAUUGUUCUUAGAUCUUCUGGGUUUAAGUUUCAAGACGAAUGGGCUUCUGUUAUCUCUGUAUCUGAUGAAGGUAUCUAUGCUUGGGUUGAUGCCAAUCACGCACUCCGUUCGCUUGGAGGUGAUCCAUAGCAAACAACGGGAAUUGUUGAACUUGGUGGGGCUUCUGCGCAGGUGGCAUUUGUGCCAAGUGAGCAUGUGCCUCCUGAGUUCUCGCGUACCAUAUCUUAUGGAAAUGUCUCAUACACAAUCUACAGUCACAGUUUCCUCGACUUUGGACAGGAUGCAGCAGAAGACAAGUUCAAUGUUUUUUGUUCUGGGACAAAAAUGUAAACAAAAACCAUGUUUGUUUUGUUUGCAGA